CUGCCCCCCGCCGCCCCGCGGCCGCAUCCGCCGUGAGAUGGCGGCGCAGUUCCGCAGCUACGUGUGGGACCCGGCGCUGAUCGUGGCGCAGAUGGUGCUGCUGCAGGCCGGCUACUACAGCUCGCUCGGCCUCUGGCUCGCCCUCCUCGGCGCCCUCGGCAGCACCCGACCCUCCCUGCACCAGGUCUUCAGCGACGAGAUUUUAGGCUUCUCAACCCCACCUGGGAGGCUCUCCAUGAUGGCUUUCAUCCUCAAUGCACUCACCUGUGCUCUGGGGUUGCUGUACUUCAUCCGAAGAGGAAAGCAGUGCCUGGAUUUCACAGUCACAGUUCACUUCUUCCAUCUUCUGGGCUGCUGGAUUUAUAACUCGCACUUUCCCUCAACUCUGACGUGGUGGCUGGUGCACAUCGUCUGCACAGCGCUCAUGGCUGCAAUUGGGGAAUACCUCUGCAUGAGGAUAGAACUCAGAGAAAUCCCACUGAAUUCUGCUCCCAAGUCCAACGUAUAAACUUGCUCUGGCAACAACAUGCUGCAUUGCAUCAUUGUUUCCAGCACAAGUACAUCUAAUGCCUGAAAGUCAUCACUGAAGAAGCACAGCAGGUCUGUUUAGACUUUUCUUUUUUUUUUAAGAUCUUGGUGACUGCGUGAGUGUGAGCAUCUCCUCUGUCAUCAUCAGACAACGGGGAGGAGCAGAUGUUUAUUUUAUUAACACAAAGCAUUAAUGACUGUAUGGCAAGUGUGCUCUUAAGCUCUUCAUUCAUGAGACUGCUAAAAACCAAGUAGCAAAUCUUCAUGCCUGAGGAGCACCUGGAAUUAAGCAAACGUGAGAGGUCCCUGUAUGGGUAUUGCAGCGGUCAGCUCAUCUUGCAGGAGCUGGCACAGUGAGCAGUGGGGCCAGGAGCUGCUGCUACCAGGUUGUAAUUCACAUGUGCUUUGGUUGGAAAGAAGUCAAGGAAGUGAAUGGGCGGGGGAAAAAGAACAUAACUGUACUUAAUGUGAAUCACCAGCUGAGACCCUAAAUAACCUAUAAUCUUAGAUGGGUUUGUUUGCUGUUUCCAUGUUUAAUGCAUAGAGAUGUCAGACAGCAGUUUGCUGAAGAAGUCUUUUGUAAUAAUAAAAGUAUUAUGUUGCUGUGA